AUGUUGCUUCAUACCAUAUCAAAACUCAAGAGUCGAGGCAAAGGAGAGGUGCAGAAGAUUAAAGGGAAAGUGGUUUUAUUGAGAAGUAAUUCCUUGGAUUACAAUGAAAUUCAGUCUUCAGUUCUUGACAAUAUCAGUGAGUUUUGGGGAGCAAAAGUUUCUUUUCAGCUCAUCAGUUCUGUUAAUGGUGAUAGAUCAAAGGAAUUACAAGGAAAAGUGGGAAAGAAAACUUAUUUGGGAAAUUGGAUGGCAAAAAUGGUACCUGUAUCACCAGGGGAAACAGUGUUCAAAAUAAGUUUUGAUUGGGAUGAAGAUAUAGGAAUUCCAGGAGCUUUCUUAAUAAGAAAUAAUCAUUUUACCAAAUUUUUCCUCAAAUCUCUCACUCUUGAAGAUGUUCCUUGUGUUGGAAGGAUCCAUUUUGAUUGCAACUCUUGGAUUUACCCUUCUGGAAAGUACAAAUCUGAUCGUAUUUUCUUUGUCAAUAAGGCAUAUAUUCCCAAUGAAACACCAGAGCCACUUCGAAAGUAUAGGGAGGAUGAGCUCAAGAACUUAAGAGGAGAUGGAAGAGGAGAACGUCAAGAAUGGGAUAGAAUAUAUGAUUAUGAUAUCUACAACGAUCUUGAAGAUCCAAAUAAUGGUUCUACAUAUGUUCGUCCUAUUCUUGGAGCCUCAAUGCAAUACCCUUAUCCUCGUAGAGGAAGAACGGGACGGUCACCUUCAAAAAAAGAUAAAAACUAUGAGAGUAGAUUGUCAUCAUCUUUGACCCUAAACAUUUAUGUCCCAAGAGAUGAAAGAUUUGGUCACCUGAAGGAAUCAGAUUUUCUCGCUUAUACAUUAAAAUCAAUAGCUCAGUCUAUUAAACCUGGGCUUGAAGAACUAUUUAACAGAAAUCCAAGAGAAUUUGAUUCCUUCCAAGAUGUUCUUAAUCUCUAUGAAGGAGGGUUUUCUCUUCCCAAAAGUUUGCUUGAGAAGUUUAGGCAGAGCAUUCCUGCCCCAUUGCUUAAGGAAAUUUUCAGAACUGAUGGAGAAAAGUUUCUCAAAUUUCCACUGCCUCAAGUCAUCCAAGAUAACAAGUCUGCAUGGAGGACUGAUGAAGAAUUUGCUAGAGAAAUGUUGGCUGGAGUGAAUCCUAUAAUCAUUCGUCGUCUCCAAGAGUUCCCACCAACAAGCAAGCUUGAUCCUAAUGUUUAUGGUGACCAAAACAGCAAGAUAGCUGAAGAACACAUAAUUAAUAGUUUGGAUGGACUCACAGUAGAAGAGGCAAUCAAACAAAACAAGCUUUAUAUAUUGGACCACCAUGAUGCACUAAUGCCAUAUCUUAAUAAAAUCAAUUCAACAUCUACAAAGACAUAUGCCACGAGAACAUUGCUUUUUUUAAAUGUUGAUGGAACUUUGAGGCCAUUGGUUAUAGAACUAAGCUUGCCACAAUCUCAAAGAGAUGAACUUGGUGCCACUAGUAAACUAUACUUUCCAGCUGAAGAAGGAGUUGAAAGCUCAAUUUGGCAACUAGCUAAAGCUUAUGUGGCUGUCAAUGAUGCUGGGUACCAUCAAGUUAUUAGCCACUGGCUGAAUACCCAUGCAAUAAUGGAACCUUUUGUGAUUGCAACAAAUAGACAAUUAAGUGUGCUUCAUCCAAUUCACAAGCUUCUUGUUCCUCAUUAUCGAGACACCAUGAAUAUAAAUGCAUUUGCAAGACAAACCCUAAUUAAUGCAGAUGGAAUUCUUGAAUCAACUCAUUUUCAAUCGAAGUAUACAAUGGAGUUGUCUUCUUAUAUUUAUAAAGACUGGGUUUUUACUGAUCAAGCACUCCCAAGAGAUCUCAUCAAAAGAGGAAUGGCAAUUGAAGACUCAAAUUCUCCACAUGGACUGAAACUCCUAAUAGAGGACUAUCCAUUUGCUGUUGAUGGACUUGAGAUUUGGUUUGCUAUCAAAACAUGGGUAAAAGAAUAUUGCUCUUCCUACUACAAGAAUGAUACCAUAGUUCAAGAUGACAUUGAACUCCAAUCAUGGUGGAAAGAAUUGAAAGAGAAAGGUCAUGCUGACUUGAAAGACAAACCUUGGUGGCCAAAAAUGGUAACCUUAGAAGAAUUAGUAGAAACAUGCACUACAAUUAUAUGGAUUUCUUCAGCACUUCAUGCCGCUGUUAAUUUUGGACAAUAUCCUUACGGAGGCUAUCUGCCCAAUAGACCAACAAUAAGUAGAAGAUUCAUGCCUGAAAAAGGAACUCCGCAAUAUUUAGAGCUUGAAUCAGAUCCUGAAAAGGCUUUUCUUAGAACAAUCAAUGCACAAUUGCAAACACUUCUCGGUAUUUCAUUGAUUGAGAUUUUGUCAAGACAUUCAUCUGAUGAGAUUUAUCUUGGGAAAAGAGAGAGUCUUGAAUGGAUUUCAGAUCAGCCAUCAUUGGAAGCCUUUGAAAAAUUUGGGAAAAGAUUGGAAGAAAUUGAAUAUGAAAUUGUGAAGAGAAAUAGAGAUCCCGAUUUGAAAAAUAGAGUUGGGCCAAUAAAUAUGCCUUAUACUUCUCUUUAUCCAACUAGUACUGAAGGACUCACGGGAAAAGGAAUUCCUAAUAGUAUCUCUAUAUAA